AUGCCCGCCAUUCAAAUCCUCGACGGUGGCCUCGGCACAUCGCUAGAAGACAAAUACGGAGUCAAAUUCACCAGCACAAACACCCCGCUCUGGGCCUCGCACUUGCUAGUCUCAGACCCAACAACGCUCCAAGCGUGCCAGAAAGACUUCGCAGACGCAGGGGCAGACGUGCUUCUAACGGCAACAUACCAAGUCUCGCCAGAGGGAUUCGCGCGCACAACGACAGCUAAAUUCCCUAAUGGGAUUCUGCGCAGUGCUAUUCCGCGGUUUCUGGAAACGGCCGUCAACGUUGCAGAGAAAGCUGCGCACGCCAAAAAGAGUAAGAUUGCGUUGAGCCUCGGGCCGUACGGGGCAUGUAUGAUCCCGGGCCAGGAGUACAGCGGCGAGUACGACGCGGUGCAUGACAACGAAGAGGAACUAUACCAGUGGCAUCUCUCACGGCUGCGACUGUUUCUGGGAACAGCGGAAGAAAAUUUGCUCUCGCGGGUGCAGUACGUUGCGUUUGAGACGCUGCCGAGACUUGACGAAGUGCGCGCUGUGAGACGUGCGGCUUGGGAUGCCGGGAUCGCAGCUCCGGUGUGGAUUUCGUGUGUUUUCCCUCGUGAUGAUGAGUGUUUGCCGGAUGGGAGUACUAUGGAGGAGGUUGUUGAUGCGGCGGUGGGACCUCUGAAGAAUGGGGUCGUGCCAUGGGGUAUUGGGGUGAAUUGUACUAAGAUCCAGAAACUCCCUGGUCUGGUUGAGAAGUUCGGGAUUUGUAUUAGGCAGGUUAUUGCUGCUGGUCAUAUCUCGACUGCCCCGACUUUGGUUCUGUAUCCGGAUGGUACGAACGGGGAGGUCUAUAAUACGACUACGCAGGCCUGGGAGAAACGGGAGAAUACAGAAAGUCAAAGACAGACGGAUACGCGUACGUGGGAGACCCAGCUUGCGCAGGUGGUCAACGAUGCCAGCGCGAAGGGCCCUUUCGAGUCCUUCCUUGUCGGCGGCUGCUGUAAGGCAUCACACCAGGACAUCAAGAGGCUGCACGAUAGGUUUCAAUAG